CGCUGCGCGCCGUCACGCGCACGUAUCGCUCCUCCGUGUGCAUGCUCGUUUACAUAUGAUCGCUUGUCAAAAGCUGACUCGAGCCGGGAAUCGAAUCUCUCUCUCGCGGUGGAAUUCUCGCAUUGGCGUCCGCAUUGAUGGCUGGCAAUGACAUUAAACAGACUCUCAGGAAACUCGAGUUCCCUUACUGCGCCAGAGAAGCUCUAUCUAGAAUGGAGAUACUCUGCCUGAGACCGGGGAAGCAGGUCGAUCUGCAAAUGGACCUGAUAUCGGAGUUUGUGUUCGGCGAGAUGGAGAGGCGGAAGAAGCGCAACAUGACCAUGGCGAUACAGGAAUUACAGUUGAUCGAGAUGAUGAGCGACUUCUUUCAGAGCCCAGGCGGCAGUCCUGCGGUGCGGAACGCUCUGUUCUUGUCGCUCUUCCCGGCGGACAGCUCCAGACAUAAGACCUUGGGCAACCUGGUGUCUCUGGCGAUCGCCACGCAAAACAAGGCGGUCCUAAACGCAGCUGGGAUUUGGAUGCAGCAGUUGGGCUCUACCUCGCCACAGAGCGUGGGACUGGCGAGGCACCUGCUCAACGAUUACUUCGUGCUUACGCCGAGGUCGAUCGACAAGCUGAAGCAGCUGCCCGUCCUCGCGCCGCAUUUCACCGCCAACCUGUUAACAGCCAUCGGCGAGGUUUACGAGGAUAAGGAUCCGCCCACCGAGCUGCUCAGUCUGGUGGGCGAAUGGAUCGACGAGAAUCCGAGCUUACUGCUGACCCCGUUGAUGGAUAAUCCCGCGUUGCCCACUGGCGGAAUCCCGAUGACACCGAUAACACCCAUUGCAGGCCUGUUUAGGUGGUGCAUAUUAAGCCCUCUGCGCGAUAACGCCAAGGAAGGCACAGAGGCGCAGGAAGAGUCGCGGAAGUUCUACUCGAAGGUGCAGCAGCUGCUCAUGGACUCGGUGUUACGCUUGAACAACAGCGGCAGCAACAAGCACGCGAUAUCGGCACAACACUUGGCGUCUACCAUACGGCAGUUGACGGCGAUCCUGCAGAACUGCCCGAACAUGAGCACAACCUCGCGCGAUUUAGCCAUGGAACGACUGGCGCAGGCCGUCAGCGCGGCCAUGUCCGCGAACUGCAUUUACGGAAAUAAACAGGAACUGCUGGCGCUGCUGCAACCAUUGUCGUACCGGCACUUCUUGAUAGAAUGGACACUGCAAACUUAUGCGAUUAAAGCUGCUUGAUAUAAGGAGGCUGUAACGACGACGACGACGACGUAGGCGAUAACGUAGUUUAUUCGAGCGACAACGUCAAGAAGUAUUAAUUCUGUUGUACAUAAAAGAUGCGAGUUGAAUACCUACAAAUACUGAUUAAUUAUAAAUAUUUAUAAAUAUUAAUUAAAAAAAAAACGUUUUAU